AGACGGUUUAAAGCGCAUCUCGCCUGUGGUUCUACUUGCUGCAACAAGCCCCACACCGCCCUGUACAUUGCUGCACUUUUCCGUCACUGGAGCCCCAAGUCUCAUGUAAAUGGAGCCUCAUGAACUCGGCAUACUGUCGGCGAGGUUAAAAGAAAGCAAGCCAAACCCGAAUUAAAAAUGCCGAGUGACUUCCGUCUUGGUUUUUAGCAUGCUCUUUACGUGGCUUUAUAAUGAUAGUUGACGUUAGCGGCGAAGCGUUGAGUUAAUCCUGUCGACUAUCAACUAAUGGCGCUCACAGCUAAAUACAUCAACUUGGAUUAGCCUCGAUGCUUUGCUGAAUAACAUAGUAGUUCAUAUUCUGUAUUAGCCAUUAGCAGUGGACCUAAGACAUUUCGAUGUUUAACCGUAUCCCGAGUAUGAUUCAUCUGGUGGUUUGAUGGGGCUUUCAAGGACCAUGAUGCCGUCAAAGUUCCAGCUUUUGGCUGUUUUGGCAUUUGCAGUGUCGAUGCUCUUUAUUGAGAACCAGAUCCAGAAACUGGAGGAGUCACGAGCUAAACUCGAACUUACCAUCGCCAGACACGAGUUGGCUGAAGUAGAGCAGCGUCGCAAUGAAGACAGCGGGCGGGAAACGUCCCCAUUGGCAGAAAAGGACGACAUGGUCAUCAUCUACAACAGAGUGCCCAAGACGGCCAGCACGUCCUUCACUAACAUCGCCUACGACCUUUGUGGGAAGAACCGCUUCCACGUCCUGCACAUCAAUACCACCAAAAACAAUCCUGUCAUGUCAAUACAGGACCAGGUGCGCUUUGUCAGGAAUGUCACCUCAUGGAGAGCGAUGAAGCCCGGCUUCUACCACGGCCAUGUAGCUUAUCUGGACUUCUCAAAAUAUGGGGUGAAGGGUAAGCCCAUGUACAUAAACGUGGUGAGGGACCCCAUAGAGCGCCUGGUGUCGUACUACUACUUCUUACGUUUCGGAGACGACUACAGACCCGGGCUUCGACGAAGGAAACAAGGAGACAAAAAGACCUUUGACGAGUGUGUGUCAUCGGGGGGGUCUGACUGUGCUUCUGAGAAACUCUGGCUGCAGAUCCCCUUCUUCUGCGGCCAACAUUCAGAGUGCUGGAAUGCAGGCAGUAGAUGGGCCCUGGAACAGGCCAAGUACAACCUGGUGAAUGAGUACCUGCUCGUUGGAGUAACUGAGGAGCUGGAUGACUUCAUCAUGAUCCUGGAGGCAGCACUGCCGCGCUUCUUCAAGGGAGCCACAGAGCUCUACAGAACAGGAAAUAAGUCCCAUCUGCGAAAGACCACUGAAAAGAAGCCCCCCAGCAAAGAGACAAUAGCCAAGCUGCAGGAGUCUGACGUCUGGAAAAUCGAAAAUGAGUUUUACGAGUUUGCACUGGAACAGUUUCAGUUUGUGCGUGCUCACGCUGUCAGGGAAAAAGAUGGAGAACUUUAUGUCCUGGCUCAGAGCUUCUUCUAUGAAAAGAUCUACCCCAAAGUGAACUAAAAAGUGCAGCCAGAACAGAGACUAGGGCUGCACACGGACUUUCCAGGACUAGAAGUCCUUUACACGGGGAGGAAGUUCCUCAAGUGAUGCUGGUGAAUGCUCCAAUGCUCUUCCUGACCCUGUUGCAGUACACACAAUCCCUUUCAGACUGUACAGUUGACUUUCUAUGAGGAAUGUGUCUAAUUUAUUUUUAUUGCUGGUGCAGCUGUUGAGAGAACUUAACAUGGAUUUAAACCGUCAGUGUGGACGGUGAGAAAGAAUUCAAACCCAGAGCAGGGGAGGAAUCAUUACUGGAUGUGAUGCAUCUCGACACCCAAGAGCAGCAUUUGAUUUAUGAAGUUAUGGUGCCUUUUAUCACAAUUUAUUUUGCCAUUCAUUUGAUCCCAUAAUCAUGAUUUCUUUUUGUAGAACAUCACAUUUAUUGGCUCUUUCUAUUCUUAGAGAAUUCCCUUCUCUGAGUUGUUGAUCAUGUCUAACGUGUGUAUUUGUGUCAUACUCAUGAUGAUAAGCAGGAAGUACCUUGGAACAUUGAUGUCCUGAAAUAAUUGAUCAUUUUGGAUUGUGUUAAUACAUUUGGCAUACAUUUGA